AGAGGGAUAAUACUGGUGUUCCAGCGUGAAGGUUGGGCAAUAUCAGAAAACCCACACUAGUUAAGGCUUCGAUUGAAAAACGCAUGCGUAGUUAGCUCUACCCCUUUUGAUUGUGGCGACGGAAGCAUGGCUGUUCUUCUUGAAACAACGUUAGGAGAUAUUGUUAUUGAUUUAUUUACAGAAGAACGACCUAAGACUACCCUAAACUUCCUUAAAUUAUGCAAAAUAAAAUUCUACAACUACUGCCUCAUCCACAAUGUUCAGAGAGACUUCAUUGUGCAGACUGGGGACCCGACGGGAACUGGUCGUGGUGGCGAGUCAGUCUUCAGCAAGCUCUAUGGGGACCAGGCACGCUUCUUUGAUGUGGAGAAAGUACCACGCAUCAAACACAGAAAGAAGGGAAUCGUUUCCAUGGUAAACAAUGGAAGUGACCAGCAUGGCUCCCAGUUCCUCAUCACAACAGGAGAGAACCUGGACUACCUGGAUGGAGUUCACACCGUCUUUGGGGAGGUGUCAGAGGGGAUGGAUGUCUUAGCCAAGAUCAACGAGACCUUUGUGGACAAAGACUUCAUCCCUUUUCAAGACAUCAGGAUAAAUCACACUGUGAUUCUGGAAGACCCUUUCGACGACCCUCCUGACCUUCCGGUACCUGACCGCUCCCCGGAGCCGACUAAGGAGCAGCUGGACAGCGGACGAAUAGGUGCGGACGAAGACAUCAACGAUAUGGAGGGGAAAGAGGCAGAGGAGCUGGAUGAACUACUGAAGGAGAAGGAGGCUAAGACCCAGGCCAUCCUGCUGGAGAUGGUGGGUGAUCUCCCUGAUGCGGAUGUGAAACCUCCAGAGAAUGUGCUGUUUGUGUGCAAGCUGAACCCUGUCACCACAGACGAAGACCUGGAGAUCAUCUUCUCCCGCUUUGGCCUCAUCAAAAGCUGUGAGAUCAUCAGAGACUGGAGAUCAGGAGAGUCCUUGUGCUAUGCCUUUAUUGAGUUUGAGAAGGAGGAAGACUGCGAGAAAGCCUACUUCAAGAUGGACAAUGUCCUCAUAGACGAUCGGCGCAUACAUGUAGACUUCAGCCAGUCUGUCUCCAAGAUCAAAUGGAAAGGCAAAGGUGGAAAAUAUACUAAAGAUGACUUCAAGGCCUAUGAAAAAGAUGUCGAUAGCCGAUCCAAGUUGGCUCUGAAGGACAAAGCCAAACCUAAACAAGACUCAAGAUAUGAUUUGCUGUUAGAGGAGGAGGAACAGGGGCCAAGCCAUUUGCACACGGACAAAAAGAACAAAGAACUCAAGCAUCCCUGUGAUGAGGACAGCAGGAAAUUAAAGAAAUCCAAGGACGGUGAGGAGAGCAGGCGGGAGAGGACAGCUGGACGUCAGCGCUCAAGGUCCAGGGACAGGGAGUGGGAGGGACACCACAAGCACAGCAGGCCCCGGGACAAGCACCGCCAGGACAGGGACAAAGGCCACAGCCGCUGGGACAACAGCCACAGCCGCUCUCCUAAGAAAUCUAAAGACAAGGAGAAGAUCCAGCACCACUGAGGGGUGCAAAGGACCAUGAGGACUCAUUAACGGCACACAAGCCUAACUCUUUAUCCCACAGACACAGAAACGUAGAUACAAUAGAACAGGUCUUUAUUGGAAACUGCCGUUUCAGUCGACUCUUUUGACAAGUAUUCUGCUACUCGAAUGGCUGGAUACCUUAGGUAGAACCCUUACAAUCAAGAUGUCUCAAACACACAUUCCUAAUCAGUCUACAUACAUGCAUACUAUGAAAUAUUUUAGUGGAUGGAUUUGACUAUCCCUCUGAAGUUCAUUGACGUAUGUUAAUCGUAAAAUAUGGAAUGAUAAUUGCUUUUCAACCUGA